AUGAACAAUGCAACCAUCGCCCCGAGCGGGCCAAGUACCACUUUUAUUGUCGGCCCGCCCAACAAUUAUCGUGUACCGUCUCCCUAUGAGACGCACCAAGAUGACCACACCUCGUCUCUAAGGAAGAAUAGGCCAUGUAUCAGAGAAGCGUUGCGCUGUGUACUGGGGUGUACUUUCUCUACCCGACUAAAGUCCAUUGGUCAAUUUACUAACCCAUACAAGCACGAGAAUUUCCUUAGAGAUAUCGAGAUUGAGCUUCCCAAAAAACCCUACGAGAGCAAUGGAAUAAUAUACCAAAAACCCAUGAAGAUGCUCACGCGCGCCAAAUUCGACUACUGCCUUGAAGGCGAGGAAGCGUUUCUUUUCAUCAGCGCCCGUGUGCUACGUGGCUUGGAGUUUCCCGACAACUUCAUUACGUAUUUCGAUCACCCAAAAAACCCUCCUGUCGACAUAUGCAAUGGAGAUGGUACCAAAGUGAUGAUCUUCGGCACAUUUGAGGCACAGUGGUGGGGAAAUGACGCGGAGCGGGCCGAAAAGAAAAUCUUUAUCAAUGAAGCAGUGGCGAUAAAGUCCCGCUUCUACAUCAUUUCUGAGGCUGCGGUCUUUGAUGUCACUGUGUGCGCCAAAACCAUAUGGAACAAUAAAUUGAACGCACGUAAUUCAGGGUUCUUCGCGACAGGGCAAGGAGGUAAACGUAAAUCAUUGCCUUAUGCACCUGAAGGUGACCAGAAGCAGAGAAAUGCUCAACUGAAGAAAGAGCGCGAGGAGCAUCGCCAAUUUCAAAUCCAGUACGAGAAGCAGAUGAGAGAUAAAAGGCAAAAGGAGAAGGAAAGCAGCCGAAGGGCCACGCACUAA